AGGCUGACAGUGUCCUUUGGCUCCUCCCUCUUUGUACCUUGUGACAACAACAACUCAUCCACAGACCGAGCUGCACUUUUCAGCUCAUUUUCUUCCUGUCAUUCUCUCUCAAUCUUUGAUGAUUGUCCCACCGCGCUGAGCCUCAAGUCUCAUCCACCACGGCCUUUUCUGUUUCUUUUCAUAUAUAAACUUACCAGCGGAACACGCUUCCUCUUGGAUUUUUCAUUGAGAUAUAACGGCCACCUCACUUUUUUUGCAUACUGGGUUUUUAUACUUUGAACUUACUCUCAUAGGUUGACCAUGGCCGUACCGGCUGCUUUGAUCCCACCGAACACGCUGGUUCAGCCGUCUCCGAUCGCAACUUCAGCUCCAACCUCUUCGCCCUCGGCAACUUCUUCACCGUCUCCAUCUGUGGCCCCAACUGCACAGAGUCUUUUCCGAUCGGAGCUGAUGACCACCGGCAGUCCCGGCAUCCCGACCGCCGCAACGCUUCCCAGCAAACCCGUGUACUCGACCCCGUCGCCUGUUGAAAACACACCACAGAAUAAUGAGUGUAAAAUGGUAGAACUCAGAGGCGCUAAGGUAGCCUCGUUCACCGUGGACGGCUGCGAGCUCAUCUGCCUUCCCCAGGCUUUCGACCUGUUUCUGAAGCACCUGGUAGGAGGACUGCACACGGUCUACACCAAGCUGAAGAGACUGGAGAUCACGCCGGUAGUGUGCAAUGUUGAGCAGGUCCGCAUUUUGAGGGGACUCGGGGCCAUCCAACCCGGCGUGAACCGGUGCAAACUCAUCUCCAGAAAGGACUUCGAGACGCUUUACAAUGACUGCACAAAUGCGAGCUCAAGACCCGGGAGGCCCCCGAAGAGGACGACGCAGAGUGUUACAUCGCCAGAGAACCCCCACAUAAUGCCACACACCGUCCCCGGCCUAAUGUCUCCCGGAAUGAUUCCCCCCACAGGUCUCACUGCUGCUGCAGCUGCCGCGGCCGCUGCCACCAACGCCGCCAUCGCUGAGGCCAUGAAGGUCAAGAAGAUCAAGCUGGAGGUCAUGAGCAGCUACCACAACAACAACCAGCAUGGCGCCGGCGACUCAGAGAAUGGUGACCUCAGCUCCAGUGUGGGCUUAGAACUUCCAUUCAUGAUGAUGCCCCACCCCCUAAUCCCAGUCAGCCUGCCUCCCGCCUCGGUCACCAUGGCAAUGAGUCAGAUGAACCACCUCAGCACCAUCGCCAAUAUGGCUGCCGCAGCACAGGGACAGAGUCUGCCAUCCAGAAUGGUGACUUCCGUCAUCAAGGAGCGCGUUCCCGAUAGCCCGUCUCCCGCCCCCUCCCUGGAAGACGGCCGGAGACCAGGCAGCCAUCCAUCAUCUCAGCGCAGCAGCAGUGUGUCCAGCUCCCCCGCGCACACCGAGAGCUCCUCAGACAGAAUACCCAUCCACCAGAACGGGCUCUCCAUGAACCAUGCCCUCCUGGGCCUCUCCCCCAGCAUCCUGCCCGGACCCAAGGAGGGAGACGUCGCCCACGACAUGAGCCACGAGUCCAAGAGAAUGCACUUAGAGAAAGAAGAAAACCCCCUGUGCACGCCAACAGCGAGGGACAGCUACGAGAGGCCUGUCGCUGGCCAGCCACUCUGCCGCCCCGGAUUCCCCUCCCCCUUCCUCUUCCCUGACGGCCUGUCCUCGAUAGAGACUCUGCUGACUAACAUCCAGGGCCUGCUGAAGGUGGCCAUAGAUAACGCACGCGCCCAGGAGAAGCAGGUGCAGCUGGAGAAGACAGAGCUGAAGAUGGAGCUGUUCAGAGAGCGGGAGCUCCGAGAGACUCUGGAGAAACAGCUCGCCAUCGAGCAGAAGAACAGAGCAAUAAUUCAGAAGCGUCUGAAGAAGGAGAAGAAGGCCAAGAGAAAACUGCAGGAAGCCCUGGAGUACGAGUCCAAGCGCCGGGAGCAGGUCGAGCAGACGCUCAAGCAGACGUCACCCUCUGACAGCCUCCGAUCUCUCAACGACUCGCUGACCCAAGAGAUGGAGGCUGACCGCAGUGCUGGCAGAACAGAUGCUGAAAGGACAAUACAAGAUGGAAGACUCUUUUUAAAAACCACAGUGAUGUACUGAUAAGACACUGCAAAGAAGUUGAAGACGCAUGAAGACUCACAUGAAGAUUCUUGCAAGCGUCUUGCCAGGAUUUUAGUCACACAAACUACUGGUCCAGUUACUUGUGUAACCUCCACUGAGGUGUGUCAAAAGCCAGCGAAAAAGUUGAAUCAGAGUUUAGAAUUAGGACUUUCUCACAGACAUCAUCAUAAUCUAGUGAUGGAAGCAAGAUUGAAUGGCUCAAGUCUGCAGUACUGAAGGCAAAACAAAUUGAGCACAGUAAAAAAAAAACAUGUACCUAGGUGUACACUGGUUAUUAUAUUUCCAACAAAUCCACAGCACUGAAGAUUUUUAUACUGUAUUUAAACCAGCGAGAAAGCUUUGAUGAAAAGGAAAAUCUGCUUCAGAGGUUGUUCUCUUUAUUUCUUUCCUUUCCUUUCUUUUUUAUGUAUUUUAAGAAAUUCUUAACAGUCAUAGAUAUUUGCCAAGAUGACAAAAUAGGGUGGAUGCAGCCUCUGGAAAUGUGAAUUUGAAUAUAUGUUGCUCGACAAAAAAACAACUAAUAUUUGAGUUAAAUGUUUUCUAAAUUAGAAGAAGAUACAAUCAAGUUUCCUUUUUACCAUUGUUGUAUAUACCACAAGAGAGGAUAGGUAAAGUCAUUCACUAUGGUGUAUGUAUAUAAAGUCAAAAGGAAAAAAAAAACAAAAUGGUAUUGUGUAUGCAGUAGAACAAUUAGGAAAACAAUACCAACCAUUUAUAUGUACUUUAUAGAGUUGUUUUAUUAUUGUUUUUUGUUUUGUUUUGCUUUGUUUUGUUUUGUUUCUGAGCCAUCAUUGUUUUCAAAUAGCUGCCGUUUUUUGGUGAGGAUGCAUGCUGGCAUGUACAUGUGUGUCCUGAGAUGAUCAUAUUUAAUAAAAAAAAGAAACUUUACUGUGCCGAACAAAUAGAUACAUCACUAAAAACACAGAUUGAUUUAAUCCCUGAACUUCUCAGUCAUUUGGAUGUUAGUAUUUCCACAUCAAUCUACAAUUUGUUGUAAAAAUCUCAUGGCUAUUUAUAGUCAUUAUUUUAAGGGAGUUUACUGUUUUUGAAGUAUUGAACACUAAACAAGGAUGUGAUUUUGAAGGUGCGUCACUGUACGCAGAA